AUGUUGACGUUAUAUUUAUUAAUUUUCUUGCUUUUAAUAAUCUAUCAAACAGGGUUUCAAGGGACUAAACCUACCAGUAAUCAAACAGUUAUCCCAGAGAAGAAAAUCAACAAUGAAUCAUCAAAUUUCAUAGAAGCCAAAAAAUUUACAAGACUUGAAAUAAAUGGAUUACAAACAACGGUAUUAGGAGUCAAUACAAAUAUAAACACUGGUCAGUUAAUACUAAUUAGACCCUACUUCCGUAAAAUUUUGUCCUAA